AUGUCAGAAGAGGGCGGUCGCGAAGCCCUCAAGCUAUGGCGCGUCUGGCGGACCACGCGCCAAAUGUGCAGGGACCGGGGCUACGAGAUCAUGGACAACGAGAUAGACGUAUCCCUCGACGAGUUUAAACACCACUACUGCGAGUCAAACGGCUAUCCUGACCGCAAACGCAUGGCCUUCACACUCCGCCCCAGCGACGCCAUGAUGGCGAAAUACACCGACCCGCCCACUCCCCGACACCCCGAGCCCGGUCCCCCCGCCAUCGGCACUGUCUUCGUCGAGUUCAACGGCGACGAGACCGUCGGCAUCAAGCAGCUGCGCACCUUCGCGCACUACAUUGACGAGCAGCACCACUACACGGGCAUCUUCAUAGCGGCUGGCAAGAUCUCUCCCUCCGCGCUGAAGAUCAUACCGACCGUGCUGCCGGCGAUCCUUGAGGUCUUCAAGGAGGAUGAGCUGCUAGUCAAUAUCACGAUGCAUGAGCUGGUGCCGAAGCAUGUGCUGCUGAGCAAGGAGGAGAAGGCGAAGCUGCUGGAGAGAUAUCGGUUGAAGGAGAGCCAGCUGCCGAGGAUUCAGACGACGGAUCCGGUGGCGAAGUAUUUGGGCCUGCGGAGGGGCCAGGUGGUGAAGAUCAUACGGAAGUCGGAGACGGCUGGACGGUACGCGAGCUACAGGUGGGCUAUAUGA